AUGGUUUCUUUAGUUGAACAAGCUGCCAUUAACAGAACAAACCUUUUAAAAGGUGUCUCUCCAGAAAUUCUUUCUGAAAUUGAAAAAAUUGAAGAAAUUUUAACUGUUUCACCAGAAACUUUAAAGAAAAUUACUGCUCAUUUCAUUACUGAAUUAGAAAAAGGUUUAUCGAAAGAAGGUGGUAAUAUUCCAAUGAUUCCAGGUUGGGUUUUAGAAUAUCCAACUGGGGAAGAAACAGGUGAUUAUUUAGCUAUUGAUCUUGGUGGUACAAACUUAAGAGUUGUCUUGGUUAAAUUAUUGGGUGGUUCAAAAUUCGAAACUGAACAACAUAAAUAUUCAUUACCUGAUAACAUUAGAACUGCAAAAGCUGAAGAAUUAUGGUCUUUUAUUGCUGAUUCUUUAAAAGUUUUCGUUGAUCAACAUUUCCCAUCUGGUACUUCAAAAAAAUUACCUUUAGGUUUUACAUUUUCUUAUCCAGCUUCUCAAAAUGCUAUUAAUGAAGGUAUUCUACAAAGAUGGACUAAAGGUUAUGAUAUUGAUGGUGUUGAAGGUAAAGAUGUUGUUCCAAUGUUACAAGAUGCUUUAGCCUCAAGAAAUGUCCCAAUUGAAGUUGUUGCUUUAAUUAAUGAUACUACUGGUACUUUAGUUGCUUCAGCUUAUACUGAUCCAGAAGCUAAAAUGGGUUUAAUUUUUGGUACUGGUUGUAAUGGUGCUUAUUACGAAGUUGCUAAAAACAUUCCAAAAUUAGAAGGUAAAUACGCUGAAGAUAUUGAUCCAAAUGGAUUAAUGGCCAUUAACUGUGAAUAUGGUGCUUUUGAUAACGAACAUAAAGUUUUACCAAGAACCAAAUAUGAUUUACAAGUUGAUGAGGAAUCACCAAGACCUGGUCAACAAAGUUUUGAAAAAAUGAUUAGUGGUUAUUACUUAGGUGAAUUAUUACGUUUAAUUUUAUUAGACUUAUAUCAUGAUCAACAUAUUUUCAAAGGUGCUGAUGUUUCAUUAUUAAGUAAACCAUUUAUUUUUGAUACUUCAGUUCCAGCUAAAAUUGAAGAAGAUGCUUCAUAUGAAGAAUUAAAAGAUACUGAAGCUUUAUUCAAAGAAAUUUUAGGUGUCGAAACCAACUUAAAUGAACGUAAAUUAAUUCGUCGUCUUGCUGAAUUAAUUGGUAACAGAGCUUCAAGAUUGUCAGUUUGUGGUAUUGCUGCUAUCUGUAAGAAAAGAGGUUAUGAAACUGCUCAUUGUGCUGCUGAUGGUUCAGUCUAUAAUAGAUACCCAGGCUUCAAAGAACGUGCUGCUCAAGGGUUAAGAGAUAUUUUCGAUUGGGAUUUAGAACCAAAAGAUUAUCCAAUCAUUAUUGUUCCAGCUCAAGAUGGUUCAGGUGCUGGUGCUGCCAUUAUUGCUGCUUUAACUGAAAAAAGAUUAGCUGCUGGUAAAAGUGUUGGUAUUAAACAAUAA